CACCGCUGCCGCCGGCUGGGAAAGUCGGCACGCGGAAACAUUGGAAACGGGACCGCUGCUGUACGAUGUCAGAGCACUGUCGGUAAUCCGCGCUCACGGUCACCGUUUUCGCCGGCCGUCGUUUUUCCAAUCCGACGAGCAUGUUGUAUUUAAUACAAUUGAGCAUUUUUAUUCGCCAAUAAUUUCGUUAGUGUUUUACACAUAUAUUAAUUAUUCCAUUGGUUUAUUUAUCAGUUUAUUACCGUUAUGCGUUCCAAAACUGAUUAUCGUCGGUGCUCCGCAACGUCUGUUGUAUCGCGACUCAUUGUACAGUUCUAUUUUGAUAAAAAGAAAUUUUAGAUGUCAACAAAUUGUUUCGAGCAUCAAGAAAUGGAUACCAAACCGGACACUAUUGGAUUUUACACAAUCGAUCGGCGUAUCGGCAAGGGAAACUUUGCAGAGGUGCGGUUAGCCACACAUCGGUUGGUCAGAAGUGAGGUGGCAAUAAAAAUGAUAGACAAAAGAAAAUUGGAUGCUGUAAACUUAGAAAAAGUUCACAGAGAAGUAGAUAUCAUGAAGCAAUUGGAUCAUCCACAUAUCAUUAAAUUGUAUCAGGUGAUGGAGUCAAAAGAUAUGAUCUAUAUUAUUUCUGAAUAUGCAAGUCAAGGUGAAAUUUUUGAUUACAUAGCAAAAUAUGGAAGGAUGACUGAAGCUGCCGCCAGAAAAAAAUUCUGGCAAAUACUUUCUGCCGUAGAAUAUUGUCACAAUAGACAUGUUGUUCAUAGAGAUUUGAAAGCUGAAAAUCUACUUUUAGACUCUCACAUGAAUAUAAAAAUAGCAGAUUUUGGAUUUAGCAAUUAUUUUACGCCAGGUGAACAACUAGCUACUUGGUGUGGUAGUCCUCCUUAUGCUGCACCAGAAGUUUUUGAAGGCAAAAAGUACUACGGACCUGAAAUCGACGUCUGGAGUAUGGGUGUGGUGCUGUAUGUUCUUGUUUGUGGAGCUUUACCAUUUGACGGUAGCACAUUACAUUCACUUAGAGACCGAGUAUUAUCUGGAAGAUUCCGCAUACCAUACUUUAUGAGCACAGGUUGUGAAUCAUUAAUCCGCAAAAUGCUUAUACUAGAUCCGAACAAAAGAUAUACUAUAGAACAAAUUAAAAGGCAUCCUUGGAUGUUGGAAGAAGCACCUAGAUUGUUACCGGGUACUGCAGCCGAAAUGCCCGCAGAACCUAACGAUCAAGUAUUGAGGUUUAUGAGUAGUUUGGAUAUAAAUACGUCAAGAACUAGACAGUCGUUGAGAAAUCGAACAUAUGAUCAUUAUGCAGCUAUUUAUUAUUUACUUCUGGAAAAACUCAAACAACAAAAAUCGCAAGAAAAUUGUCAUUACUCUCAAGAAAGAAAGUUAUCUGAAAAACAACUUCCGGUUUCUUACGAACCAAAUUUAUUUUGUGGAGGUCACCCUAGUCCUAAGAAAAGAGCUUCUAUAGAUUGUCCAGCUGGUCACCAGUACAUAUCAGAUUUAUGGAAACAACCUAAGACCAGCGCAGCAACUGUUCACCUUAAUAGUCACUUGCCGUCCAAUCGACCGCGGUCAUAUAGCCAGGGCCGUGCUGUUCAGCAUUCCGUUAACUUAGCCGAUCUUAAAUCUCAACAACAUCCGCCAUUUAGAGAACUCCCUCAACUUCCCAAAUUUAAGAGUAAGCCAGUGUCGGAUAAAACAUUUGUACCGAAUAAUUUGGUUUCUGCGCCACAAGAAGAAAUACCAAAAAUAUGCUAUCACACUCGAUUAGAUCAUACCACCAUGAUAGCACCACAGUACUCGACAUCGACAGACGAGGGUAUCGAAACUGAUUUAGAAGAUGUAAUAUCCUCUAGUCCAACGCUGCCUCUACCUAUGCAGCGAUUAGCAUAUCCAACGCCAGUGAUAAAAAGCCAUAGCCAGAAUUUGGCUGAUUUACCGUCCGUUACGGGUCACUAUGAGACUGAAUUAGUAUCAAGUUUACCAUCGUGUGCGCCCAAUGAUUGUGGGCACAAUUACAUCGAUACGGUAGUAAACGCUCUUAACAGUUAUCCUUCUUCUUGGGACAGACGCAAUUCUUUUGUCGCGUACACACCUAGUUCAGCGGACGGUGGCAAGGCGCGUCUAUUACACCAAGAAAAUUUGUCACCAAUAAAUUUUCGUGAAGGCCGUAGAGCAUCUGAUGGAUUAAUGAAUCAAAUCAAUCAGUAUCCUCCAAUGCCCAGAUCUCCACAUUUUGUUAAUCGUGAACGUUUGGCUUUUAACAACCAAAAGAUACAAGACUGCUUCCGGAACAAAGGUCUUUCAGAACUGCAUACCGUUCAAAUGGAACACGAUACUUUAAAAUCACUCUAUCAGAGUUGUUUACCUAACGAUGAAUUGCGGAAACAGAUUGAGUUAUUUGACUCUCCAGUUGGUCGUGGUAUUGAUCAACGUGAUUCGUUACAGGCAUCUCUUCAACAUGGUGACUAUCGCUAUAGUAGCAGUAAAGAUACAGUACCACCAAGAUCUCCAUCAGCAGCCAUAGCUAAGCGAUUUAAUUAUGCCGCUAUUGAUGGAUUUGCAUUGGAUAAAGCAGGUUUACAACAACAAUUACUCCAGCAACGAUUGCACCAACACAAACGAAACCUAUUGCAAAAGCAAUGUGCAUUUUCAACAGCGGCAGUGGGGCAAGACACAAAAAGACAUCAUCAUAAUAAUCAACGACAAUCAUUGCUUAAAACGACCCAAAUAAUGUUUCAACCAAAUGGUGUAAGCAGUAGUGGUGUUAACAUGAGUGUCGAUGGAAAUCACCUAAGUGUACAUUUGCAAUCUGAUGGUAGUUGGCAGUCGCUACCACACACUAUGGCCACUUGUCAAAUAAACGACUUCGAUAACCAAGCCAAUUGGUUGUCAGUUCCAGAUCCACAACACCAUUGGUACAGUACAGCUGGACAGCCAUUGAAUUUUUCUAAAAAUUACACUCAGCUUAGCAGUACAGUUAAUAUGCCAAUGGGAAAUUCUUUGUUGGGUUCCAACGACAUAUCAGCAUGGACAACACCUAGAUUACAAUCCUUAUCAGAAAACACCAUAUCAGAACUUGGAGAACAAAUGGAAUCCGGAUAAUAUUAUAUAGGAAAAUAAUACUCGUACACGAUUAGAAUGAACUUUUUUAACGAAACGCAUUCAACAUUAGUCAAGAUGUAAUUACGUUACCUAAUAUGUUUAGUAGUUUGCAUUUAUACUUAUUUAUAUCAAUCGACAUAAUUUUGUAUACUAUUAUUUUUUUUUUAAAUUAAAAUUUGUGCUUAAAUUUUAGUGUACACUCAUACGAAAUAAUCAUUUUAAUUGUAUAGUAAAAAAGAAUAACAAUCAAAAUUUUUGAAUAAAUGAUAUUUAUAGGUUUGUAUAAAUACUAAAA